UAGGUCUCGUGUUAGUUAGAGUUAGUGUUCAAUCUUGGUCGUGCGGUUGUGUCAAGCAUUAACGAAUAACAAAUCAAACAGCAACAGGAAAAUUGAAUUUAUUGUCCGUCAUGGCUUUCAUGGCAAUUCGUAUCCUUUCUUCGAGAGGCCCUCUCUGCUGGAAUAGUAGAGUGUCUCAUUCAGCCUUUAGACUACAAAAGAUUUUUGCAAGUUCGCAAGGAUUUCAAAGCCAUGAAGAGGCUUUUUGGGAUAUUGAAGGAUCAGUAGUUGUUGAUCCUAGCUCGAAAACUAUAGAGUUUAAAUAUGUUCCUGAAACUAAAAAGAGCGAGCCUAUUGAGGAAGACUGUGAUAUCAUACGAGUAACCAGAUUUGGACAUAUUAGAUUAGAUCAAGAAAAUCAAGCAGUGGAGAAGAAAGAUCCAGAAACAUCAGAGGAAUCAAAAGAUAAUUCAUUUAAUUUUAUUGACAAUCAGUUUUUCGGUGACAAGUUGUCUUCUGAUACAGCUCCUCUCACCAAACAAAAUAGUCUUAAAGCUAAAGCUUCAGAUGUCCCAGUGGAUACAAACCCUGUAGACCAACAAUAUUUCUAUCCCUCUUCAGGUGAAACAGACAAAAGUAAUCGAACAUUGCCUGCCCCUUCUGCUUCUGAGCUUGAAUUUAAAGAAAAUCAAAUUGAUGAUCAGUACUUUGGCAAGAAAAACACUUCAAGUCAAUCACAAGCUCCUGCUGAACCUGUUGGGAAAGUAUCUGCUUACAACUACUUGAGAACCCUACAAGCAAAAGAAGCUGAGAAUUCCAAAAAUUCUAAUGAGGAAUCAGCAGAAAGUGGCCAAAGCAUCAAACAAAUAUAUGAAGAAAUGAUUCCCAAUUUGUUUAAAAUGCCAAAUGAGGAAAUCAUCCACUUGUUAAAAAAAUCAGUGCUCUACAAUAAAGAUGGAAUUGUCGCUAUAGACAAACCACACGGUUUAGUAACUACUGAUGCUGACGGAAACGCUAAGGUUGUUCUCACUAAUCUUCUGCCUGGACUUAGUCAAGCCCUGCGUGUCGAAAAACUUUACACCGUUCAUCGACUCGACCGCGACACAACAGGCAUACUUCUAUUAGCUUCAAAUCAAACAGUGGCUAAUAAAUUGAACAAAUUGUUUCUUGAUCAUGAAAUACAAAAAAAAUACAUGGUCAUUACAAAAGGGAUUCCUAGUCCCAGAGAAGGAACUAUUGAUAUUCCCAUGUGCGAGAAGAGUAUAGGUGAUAGGCAGCGUAUGGCACUUAGACCAGUUCUGUCGCAUAACCCAGAUUCCUUGAAAAGCGCAAAGUAUAACGCGAAAGGGAAAUCUUUCAAAGCGAUUACUCAUUUCAGGGUAAAAACGACAAAUGCAGGCACCGCUUUUGUAGAGUUAGAACCUGAGACUGGAAUCCGGCAUCAACUACGAGUUCAUUUGAGCGAAGGUCUUGAUUGCCCGGUAUUGGGUGAUCAUAAAUAUUCACAUGCCGACAAGUUCGCCCCGCAAAAGCUAUCACAAGAUAUACUGAAUCUUCUAGCGAUCAAGCAGUCAAAAGCCAGAAAUAUUCCCAUGCAUCUUCAUGCGGCUUUCAUGGCCAUUCCUGGAUUUGGCCAAGAAGGACAACCCCUUUGCAUAAACUCUCCGUUGCCCAGGUUUUUCCGAUAUACAUUGAAGAAACUAAAAUUGUUUAAACAGAGAACAUGAUGAUUUAAAGUUAUUGUCUUUUUUAGUUGAAAUAAAUGAAAAUAAAAAAAACAAA